AUGACAAAUUCAAACGUGGUCGAAGAAGUUCGCACACGAUGUCCAAUCAAGAGUCGUUCACAGAUCAUUCCGACGUCAACAGCAACCGCACCGUCAAAUGCAAACAACGUUCCGCCUGUCUAUACUAGUUCAGUUUCGCAAAUACCACAAUCGCAUUCGAGUGCAUCGAUUGCUGAUAUUGCAGGUACUGUUCCCGCUAUUUUGCCACCGCCACCACCACCACCCCUCCCAUCGAGUGUACCUGUUCAGCCAGGAACAUUCAAUCGGCGAUUGAAGUCCUGGGAUCCAUCCUAUUUGGAUAAAACAAGAAAAGUCAGCGGUGUAUCAACAAUUAACAAUUCGCGUCUAUUAUCCAUUCCAUCACAUGCCAAAUACUAUCAAACAAUCGAUAUUGAAAAUGCAAUACCACGUAUCCUGACGAAACCGGCAUCAACAUUAAUACAAUUGCCGCAAGUCAAACAAUCGGGGCCAAAUAUAGCUGUUACACCGCAAAUUCUCCCGGAAACACAACAAACACCACAGACAAAUGGUGAAACGAAUUUUUUGUUAGAUCCUGAUGUAUUAACCGAUACAUCUACUCAAGCAUUACUACUAACGAUUUUAGCCACUCUCGUCCGCAAUACAUCUGAUGAGAAUGAAAUGCGAAUUUUAUACGAAUAUCUUUCUGAAUCAAGUUUCGUCUUUCCAAAAGUUUUUCCUGUCAUACACAAUUUGUUGGACGCCAAAAUCAACUCCGUUCUUUCAUUAUCACAUGACGAAUCCAUCUUAGCAUCCGUUCAAGCAAUCAUCUACCAAAUGAUCGCCUGUUCAGCUGGUGAUGAUGCCAGUCAACAGCAACAGCAAUUGAGCUAUCUGCAAUCAUGCGGUUUCGGCGGUCUGUGGCGUUUUGCUGGACCAUUCACAGUUUCUCGACAAAAUCCUGAUAAUGUUGAAUUAUUCGUUAAUUGGUUAGAAGCCAUGGUAGAAACGUAUUUGCCAUCUUUGGACGAACUGGAAGAUGGAUCUGGUAAUAGUAAUGUUGGUAGUAAUUCAACAGGACAUCAUGGAACACGACACGCAUCUUUGCACCAUCAUACAUUACGACAUCAUCAUCAUUAUUCGGCAUCGUCAGCUGCCGCGUGUCUCAAUGCGAAUCUAUCGUCAUCACUGUCGAGUGUUUCGAUGGAUUCGAUUCGUUCGCCGACCGAUCGAGACACGCAGUUUUUCGAUCUGAAUGAUCUCAAUCGACCAACGCAAUCACAUUCCGUGAGCGGCAGCAGCUAUGAUCGAUCACGUAUCACGCAAAAACCAAAUCUUAUUUAA